CCAUCGUCUGAGUUACCUCCCUUAGAUUUAAGAAAACGCCAGAAUGAAAAUAUUUUUACCCAAUAUUAUUUAUCUUGACAGUACUAGUUGUUUUAAAGGAAUAUAUGCAAAAUGGAUGCCUUGCGAACAGAAGCUUUUUCUUUGUUGAAGCCAUUUUGUGUCACACUAACAAAGGAUCAUACAAGAGAAAACAUUGCCAAACUUUUUACUGCAUUGCAGUCAGUUGACAUUUUAUUCCUCCAAGAUCUACAGGAAUAUGUUAUUUUCCCUCUUAGGAUUAUACUGAAACACCCGAAGAAAUGCAGUCAGGAUUUGUAUCUAGAUCUGUACACAUGUAUGGAGUAUGUAUUGGGACAUACAAAGGUGACAAGAUGGGAUCUGUUCCAGGAUAUAUUCCACAAUGCUACAGCUAUGCUGUCAUGUCCUACAGACCAGAGUAAAGUUGCCACAUUGAGUGAGGAAUUGAAGAUAGCCAUUAUACAGACUUUAAGAACAUUGGUCAAAAACUCGGAGUCCAGUGUAGUACAGCACCUGUACACAAUACUAUGCCUGCCACUACUUGGACAUUCAGUAUCGCUCUUACUAAAUAUAGCCGAGGUGGAGAGAGCUAGAAAUCUGCGUAUACUAGCGAUGGAAUGCCUACUUGAUUUCAGCCAGGCUGACUCAAAACUAAGUCAAUGUAUGAAAGCAGAUAUAGGGAACCUGUAUGCCUCAUUUCUACCUGGCAUCUCUGUAACCCUGUGCAAGAUAAUUACUGGUGAUACUAAACAGGGCUUUGCUGUUACAUCUAAAGCUGUAUAUGUAUGGAUGAGGAUAGUAAGUCUAGUGAUGGAUGAUAAACUACUGGAGGUAUACAGACAAAAACAGGGCAGCAAGUCUAAGGAUCAGAAGGAUUUAGAUGAAAGGCUGGCCGGACUGGUUGUGACAAGAGAUGAGAACUGGGUGAAGACAACAAGCGGGAAUCUGUUCAUCUUGGUGAAACAGGUGGCUACUGUACGAAGUCAUUGCAACUGGAGGGUGAGGCUAGGACUGGUCGAAUGUGCAGAACAUCUUCUACUGCAUUGCUCACACUCAAUGAAGGACAGUGUACCUGCGUUUCUGGAGAUCCUAGUAAGCCUAAUAGGGGAUGACUUCACUAAGGUAGCCAGUGGGAGCCGGCAUGCCCUGGAGUUGUUCAGUCAGAGUCAAGCUGUAGAUCAGCAACAUCAUCUCACGGAGAUCCUAGAAGAGAAUCUCCAUAAACUAGCCACCUCAUUACCUAGACAGAUACAAACUGCAGAGGAAGAAGAUAAGAUAUCAUUGUUGAACAUGUUGGCCGGUUAUAUCAGUAUACUGGGAUCACGUGUGAAGAACUUCCUGUUAUCAUUACCACAUCUAAAGAGACUGUCACUAGCAUUACUGCAGAUUCUAGAACUAGAGUGUUCCGAUAUAAAGAUAGUAGAGGAGAGAACCACGGUAACUGGGCUAGGUAGUGGAGGUAUAACAAACGAGGCAUGUAGUAUUAUACGUCCUAGAAAAUACUUCAAACAUUUCAGUAAUGAUCGAAUCUUCCAGAAGGUACAGGGGGUGUGUCAUCUCCUUGGUUACUAUGGUGAUAUACAUCUAUUAAUAGAUCACUUCCUGGAUAUAUUUCACGAGAGCAGCAUGUUUAAGUUACAGGCAACUCUAGUCAUCAAUGAAAUAAUGCUGGGUACCACUGGGGAAUUAGUUUGUACGAGUAACACAAAGAAUGGUAAAAGCUGGAAUAAACAUAGUAGAGAUGAGAUUGACAGCGUUAUUAGAAUGUUGAUAGAAGAGUAUUUGAACCCUGUGAACUUUGACCUUGUGACUUCUGUGACUGGUUCCCAGCCUAAGGUUCAGUCACUAGAACAGCAGUUGAGAGGUUUGGCUUUAGUAUUAAAGAGUAGUUAUGAGAGAUUAUUGAUACAUGUAUUAUACCCGAUGUUAGAGAAACUCGGUGAUGAUACGGCCUAUAUCAGUAACGCUGCCUUUAUAUCACUCUGGGACGUCUGCACUGCUUGUAGAUAUAAAUCACUAGAUGAGUUGAUAAGGAACAACUGUGAUUAUCUGAUGAACGCUAUAUCAUUGAGGUUACGUCAUCUCAACAGGAACCGGAAGUGCCCCCUUGUGCUCAAAGUUAUGUUACAAUAUAGUAGUGCAGAGUUACUGCCCUUGAUUGAUGAUACGAUUAAUGAGAUUUUGGAAUCUUUAGAUGAUCAUUAUGCAGAAGAGUCUGUUCUUUUUAUGAGUGUACUUAAUGAACUCUCUAAAGCUGUGGUGAGAUGGUUCCCAGCUGAUGACAGUAAUAAAACUGGUAAACAGUCUUGUACAUGUGGGAACCAGCCACAUUGUCAGUGCCAUAGUCGAACAAAUAGUACAAAUUUAUUGGACAAUGCAACAGGUGUAACAGAGAAACAGACUAGUGAUGAAAAUCUUGUGACUUCAGCGGGACAAAAAUGUUGUAACAGUGAUUGUGGAGCUAAAAAGUGUGUAAGUUUUAAAUGUCAGAAUAGUGGUACUGAAAACAUGGGAAUUAGUGGUAAAUUAACAUGUAAAUGUCACUGUUCUUGCCAAUUAAAUGACACAGUAAAUUCAACAAAUAAUUGUUCACAUAAGUUAAAUGACAUGAAUAAGGGAGGUAAUCAGUGCAUAGAAGGUGCACACUCGUUGACCAGUGGAAAUGAUCCUGACAGAAUAGGGAGAAAAACAGAAGAGUUGAAGAGCUACUUUUCUAACCUUCUGAGACUAGAGAGGGAAGCAAGAGGGGAGUUCACUGAGGAGGAACUUCUAGAUUUCAGCAAUGAUCCUACCAACAUGGAUGAAGAUGUUGCCAUGGAGACAGAAGAAGAAAAGAAACAACCAUUACCACACCAUGUUAAGGCAGUGAAAGAAGUGAUGUUGAGAUGCAAACAUAUUGUUUCCUCUAGAAAUCCACGGUUACGACUUCUUGUACUUGACACCAUUACUCAUACAUGUACUGCAUUAAAACCAUAUCAAGAAGAGUUAUUGCCCCUGAUUCACCAGAUUUGGCCAUCAUUCAAUGCUUGUUUUGCUGAUGAAGAAAAGUUGGUCACAGUGAAGGCAUUAGAUGUACUACAAGUGAUAGCCAGAUCUGCGGGAGAUUUUGUUAAACACAGAAUUACCAAAGAUGUUCUGCCUAAAUUAUCAACAUUCCUCAGUAACCAAGCCUUAAUCAGUAUUCAUGCAGGUUCAGCAUACCAGUUCACUGUAAACUACAAACUUCAACUGGCAGUAUUGAGAAAUAUAAGCAGCAUUGCGAAACUGACAUGUAUAGAAGGUAGUGACCUUGACCUUAUUACAACCAGUUGUAUGCCAUAUCUUCAUACCAAACAACCUGCCACCCUACAAAAUGCAUGUAUAGACUGUUGUAAAGAACUGACAGAGGUAGAUGCUGACCUGGUAUGGUUGAAACUUUGUAGUGUGUACUGCCCUAAAUCAUAUAUUCCUCCCAGUGACCAGUUCACAGAAAUAAAGAGAUUAAAGCAAGCAAGUUCCAGCAAUGCCUACACAGUCAAUGUGACGAAGAUUAUGACAGAUUGUGGACUAGUGUGACACAAUUACCAAUCCAUACAAUAUAGAAUUUGACAAUGCAUAAUCAGAGACAGUACAUAGUUUAUUUACAAAAAGUUAUAUUUUCUUUACAGUGUUUUAGAUUUUAAAUUAGCACAGCUCACAUUGUGAAUGUGAAUUCUUGUAAACAUUUAUGCAAGUUUAGAGAUUCCAGUUUACUAAAACUUCUGUCAAGUAGACAAAUAAAUUGAUUUUAACUAGUCUGAGGUAAAUACUGUCAUUUAAUAUGUCUAAAUAUUAAGAACUACUACUAACUCUAUAAGUAAGAGGAUAAAUUAUGCAAAAAAAUGAUCAAAGUUUGGUUAUAUGUUUUCUUUAUACAUUUUAUAAACCUGUUUGGAUAUUUGAAAAUUUGUUCACUUGUCGUGUAGCUUCAAAACUUGAAAAUAGUUAAUAGUCUGUCAUAUGAAAGCUUAUGAUUGGCUGUUUUCAAAAUGUAAAUUUGAAUUAACAAAUGGUAGACUUUGAUUUUGAUACUGGUUUCCUAAUAUCAAACUUAUGUAUAAUCCAGAACCUUGUUAUUUUUUAUAUCACUUAUUUUCAAAAUGUCACAGUCAUAAGGUAAUUACUUAUUCAAAGUAUUUCUAUAGAAAUUUGGUAAGAUGUUAAAAGCAGCAAAAUUCAAAUUUAAAACCUUUUUAGCUUGACUAUACGAAGAAUAGGGAAAGCUACUAAUGUACUCAUCCAGGUGUCCCAACUUUCUAGGCAGUCGAGUCCACUACACAGAAUUAGUUGAUUCAGAAAUAAUUUAUGAUUUGUUUAUUAUAUGCCCAAAAGAAUUUCGGCCAUAUUAUGUUAUACCCCCUAGCGUCCGUCCGUCUGUCUGGAUGUCCGUCUGUUAGCAAUUUGGUUUCCAGAGCAUAACUUAAGUUCCAUUUGGCCCACAAUAUUCAAACUUCAUAGGAUGAUUGUCCAUAUUGGGUAGAAGACCACUAUUGAUUUUAGGGUCACAAGGUCAAAGGUCAAGGUCACUAUUACCUUAAAAACUGAAAACAGUUUCCGGAGCAUAACGAAAGUUCCAUUUGGCCCUCAAUAUUCAAACUUCAUAGGAUGAUUGCCCAUUAUGGGUUAAAGACCCCUAUUGAUUUUGGGGUUAUAAGGUCAAAGGUCAGGGUAACAAUGAUCUUCACACUGAAAAAAGUUGUGGUUUCUGGAGCAUAACUUAAGUUCCAUUUGGCCCACAGUGUUCAGACUUCAUAGGAUGAUUGUCAAUAUUAUAGAAGACCCCUAUUAAUUUUUAGGUCACAAAGUCAAGGUCACUGAAAAUGGUUUUCGCUCAAUAACUUAAGUAUUAAUCAACCUACAGCUUAUAUUGAUUACAUUAAUUAUAUGCCCUGAAAAAUUUGCUUAUAUCAUGUCAUAUCCCUGGCGUCUUUUUGUCCAUCCGUUGUAGUAAAAUUAUUUAAUUCCCAUAUCUUACAAAUGCUUCAUCCUUGCUAAAAAAAAUCACUUUCGGGCAUAUAAUGCUACGCCUAGCAGUGCUCUUGUCACAUAAAUGUUAUUGAAUGAACUUUGUAGACAUUACAUAUCUUGCUCAUCGAAUAUUGUUUUGAUCUGUUAACUGUUUUAGGAUUUAUAAUGUUUUAUUGAAGGAUUAUUUAGCUGUGGUGAAAAUCAUUUUUCAUUUUGUCAUAUACAUAAUGUGUUUUACAAAUGCAGUGAAUGACUUUGUUUCCCGGUGAAUAAUAUAACAAGGGUCAAAUAUUUUUUGAUGCACAUUGUUGAUGUUUUUGUUUUUUUGUUGUAUGAGCUUAUAUUUAGAUUAAGUUAUGUGCCUUAAAGAAGAACCAAAUAGCAGUUUAUGAGUAUAGUAAUCUUCUUUAUAUGGGUUUGACUUCAGAAAUAAAUAAAUAGUUGGGUGUGGCCCUAAUUUUCUUCAGACAAUCAGUAUCGUAAUAGUAUUGUAUCAUGGAGCCAGUAUUACAAUACAUAUCGUAUGAUGAGGUGAGCAUAUUGAUACACCCUUAAGACAUACUCUCAAAUCGAUUUCUUGAACCAAAACAAAAUUUUGCCCCAAACUGGGUUAGAACUCGCAGAUCUGGAGGCAUGUGGCUUUAAAGUUGAUGGAAACAAAACAGAUGGAAGUAUAUGACGGAAACCAAAUUUAACGAAACUGUAAUUGUACAUUGUAUUCCUAUCUGAAUUAAUUAAUAUAAUAUAUUGUUUGCUAAAAACUACACUACCUUGUGGUGGGUUAAAGGGACCAUAUGCUAAGAAAAACAGUUUGUUUUAAUAGUAAAAAAAACUGGUUUCUUAAAUUAUCGUAAACACUAGAGCAUUCCAAUAUUUCAUUAUUUUUAACAACAAAAAUUUGCAUUGUAUGCUAAUUUUGUUUAAAAUAGUUAAUUUAGUAUUUAAAUAUAAAUAAUCAGAUGUUUUUUAGGUCAACUAUUAAAAGAAUAUAGGGGCUAUCCUACUUAUCCAGGCAUCAGGUCUGAGUAAUACUUUGGUUAAAGUAUUGCAUGCAACAUCAAAUUUCACCAGCCACUUAUGAUAGUUUCUUGCAACUUAACACACUUAUAUGUGUUUGAAAGCAGAUUAGGAGGUCAGUGUACAAAGCCCAUAACUUUAGCGUUGUUUUUGGGAUCACAAUUGGAAGUCACUCUCCAAGGCCCAUCACUUUUAGACUGAAUUAUGGCCCUUUGUGAAUUUAGACAAUAUUUGGUUUAAACUUUGCUUGCAACAUUUAUCUUCCAAAAACUACUGAUUGUAUCCACUUAAAACUUGAUUCAUGCUUUUUAAUUACAAUUCAAGUUACUUUUGAGGACCCAUUACUUUGGCAUGGGUUUUUGAAUGAAAUAAGGUCCAGACCUCUUAACAGAACAAGUCAAUAUCCUUUUCUUAUAACUAUGUCAUGUAAAUUAUGUGUAAUUUUGUAAAUGAAAUCCUCCUCUUUGUUAAUUCUUACUUUAUCAAGGUUCUUGUUUUACUAAUUAGCACUGAAAAUAGUGGACAGCUCUUGUUAAGAUAUGUUAUAUAUGGAAAAUAAUGUUUUGUAGUUAAGUUUGCAAUUUUCUCCUGUGAAAAAUAUUUUUCAUUGGAUUAUGUAGAGAUUGUAUAGAAAUUAUCUUGUUGAUAUUUGUUUUUUGUUUACUUAUAAAUCUUCUAUCAUAGUUCAUGAUCUGUAAUUGUACUAAUA